AUGUUAUCCGCCGGCGAGCGUCAACCUCCAACGGUCAUAGAUCCUUCGCGCACGAAAGUCUCGGCGCUCAGCCACACAACAGCACCGUCUUCAAGUUCAACGCAAGUCGCAAUGUCUUCAGACAACCUCCAACACAUCUGGAUCGUCACUGGUCCCGCCGGCAGCGGCAAAAGUACUGUCGGAAUAUACCUCCACCAACAAUUGGGCGUUCCAUUCCUUGAGGGUGACGACUACCACCCGGCCUCCAACAAAGCCAAAAUGGGCUCCGGCAUCCCUCUCACCGAUGCGGACCGCUGGGACUGGCUCAUCGCCCUACGCAACGCAGCAACAACCCUCCUCACUCCCACCUCCCCAUCCACCCCAGCACCCCGCGGCGUCGUCGUCGCCUGCUCCGCGCUGAAAGAAAAGUAUCGCGAUGUUAUGCGCCUUGCUGCCUACGGCACCCCAAAUGUGCGCAUCCACUUCGUCUACCUCAAGCUCGACCGCUCGACCCUGUUUGCGCGCGUCUCCGCCCGCCAGGCGCAUUACAUGAAACCUGGAAUGGUGGAGAGCCAGCUUAAGGAUUUGGAGGAGCCUGGCUCCGCUGAGUGGGAUGUUCUUACCGUUGAUGUACACGCCGAGGCUGCAGUUGUGCAGAAGGACGUUAUGACCGCUGUACAGUCGGUCUUGGCUGGGUAUGAGGCUGGAGCUUCACUCUGA